ACUGCUGGGCACUGACUGGCACAACCGCUGGGCACUGACUGGCACAACGGCUGGGCUGCACUGAUGGGUGGCACUGGUGGGCACAGGUGGGUGGCACUGCUGGGCAUAGGUAGGUGGCACUUCUGGGCACAGGUGGCCAGAACUGGUGGGUGGCACUGCUGGGCACCGAUCAGGGCACUGAUCAUCAGUGCCCUGAUGAUCGGUGCCGAUCCCUGCUCUGACAACUGCCGGUUCUCGGCAGUACUUUCCUCACGCUCUGACAGCGUGAGGAAAGUGCAGCCGAGAACCGGUAAUUGC